GGGUGAGUUACAGGGGGGACACUUCGCUGCGCGGGUUCCCCGCCCCCCCCGCGGAACGAAACCGCGCUGCUGGAGCUGGCGCGGUUCGUCGCGCGCCCUGUGGUGAGCGCCAACAUGCAGCUGGGCUUCCUCGUGCGGAAGAGGCUCCAGGGACCUCCUUGCUGGCUUGGGCACAACCCGGACGUGACCGAACGGGACCUGGAGGAGGUGUUCCAAAUGCUGGACGGGGGAAGCAUGUUGGCCGGGACUUGCGAGCAGUUCGACGCCACGGUGCGCAUGUUCGCCGCAGAGCUGGGGUGGAGUAGGUUCGACGUGGACGGGCACGGCAGCUUCGAGCCGCGCACGGAGGAGACGAUCGCGGGCUACGAGAAGGCGCUGGCGAAACCAGGGAAGAGCAAGUUCCGGAACGGGGACCUGACGAGCAAGAAGCUCCGCCAGGACCUGCCGCCGGAGAUGCUCGCCGCCAUCCGCAACAUCAGCUCGUUGGACCGGCGACUGCACGACCGCGUGUCGGAGCGCCUCCUGGCCUACGCGCCGCCGGAGCUGGAGCUGUGAGCCCCGCGGACGCCCCCUCCCCCUGCCCCCACCCCGUCGCCGCCUGCGCAAAGUCGGGCACGGGGCCCCGAGACGGGGCUGCUCGCCGGCAGCCCCGCAGCGUCCGCCCGCGCCGCACCUCGGCGGCCGCGCCUGCGCGGCGCGUCCGGAGAGCGCCUCGGGGCCCUGUGCGGCCGCCGCCGCCGCCGCCGGAGCUGCGAGCCCAGCGGGGCGCCCGUCGCCC